AGAACCCUUUCAUCUUCUCCUCUCUCUCUCUCUCUCUCUCAACGAUCAAAAGAGCGAGCUUUUCUCUCUUAACCAAGGAAUUUUGAGGCAAAACCUCGCCUUUGAUCAAAUUCAUCAGUAGACAGGAGACUAUGGCACGAAAUCCUGCAAGAUGUACAGGUAUGAAAAGAAAAGAUUCUGGUGGAUCUUCGAAGGCGAAAAGCACAUCUAUCCACAAUCCUGCAAAAAUGGAAGAUAGUGUGGUAUCAAAUGCGGCUGCAGAGGAGCAAAACAGCAUUGACAAUGGUUAUGAACCUCAGGUCUAUAAGAGGCCAAAGAGGGCUGCUGCGUGUUUAAAUUUCAAGGAGAAAUCCAUCAAACUAUCUGAUGUUUCGUCAACUAUUGAAACAAAGAAAAACCGUAUCGUGGAAGAUGAGAUAGUUGCUGUGGAUCUUACAAAACUUGGUCCAGAAGAUCUUCCACCGUGUAGGAAGCUUCUUGAUUUUGUUUUGCAUGAUGCUGAUGGAAAUCCACAACCUUUUGAAAUGUCUGAAUUUGAUGACCUAUUCAUCACUGCUCUUAUGAUGCCAUUGGAUGAUAAUUUGGAGAAAGAGAAAGAAAGAGGUGUUAAAUGUGAAGGUUUUGGGCGGAUUGAGACUUGGGCAAUUUCUGGUUAUGAUGAGGGGGUUCCAGUAAUUUGGUUGUCAACGGCGUCUGCAGAUUAUGAAUGUGUGAAACCAGCUAGCAAUUACAGAAAAUUCUAUGAUCGUUUCUAUGGUAAGGUGCAUAUUUGUAUUGAAGUUUACAGAAAAUUAGCCAAACCUGCUGGUGGAAAUCCAAACUUGACUCUUGACGAAUUAAUUGCUGGUGUCAUCCGAUCUAUGAGUGGAAACAAGAACUUUUCUUGUGGCGUAAUCAGUAGGGAUUUUGUGAUCUCAAUUGGUGAAUUUGUAUACAACCAGUUGAUCGGAUUGGAUGAGAACCAAAAGAAAAACGAUGUCAACCUAGCCACAGUACCAGCUCUUCUUGCUCUAAGAGACGAGUGUAGAAGUAGAUCAGAAUAUGGCAUGGUGCCAGUACAGGUUUCAAAUGGGAGCUUGAAGAUCAAAGGAGAGAACUUCGAAGCUGAUGAAGAUGAUGAUGCAAAAUUAGCACGGCUGUUGCAGCAGGAGGAAGAUUGGAAUAUGAUGAAGCAGCAGAAAGGGCGUCAUUCAGUAUCUUCAAAAAAGAGUACCUACAUCAAAAUCAAUGAAUCUGAAAUUGCCAAUGACUAUCCUUUGCCUGCAUAUUACAAGCCCUCAGUUGAAGAAAUGGAUGAGUACAUAUUUUUUGAAAAUGAGGAUUGCAUGUCCUACCGUGACCUUCCAACAAGAGUUCUUACUAAUUGGGCACUUUACAAUUCUGACUCGCGGCUUAUUUCUUUGGAGCUACUCCCAAUGAAGGCCUGUGCAGAUGUUGAUGUUAUUGCUUUUGGAUCAGGAAACAUGAGGGAUGACGAUGGCUGUGGAUUCUGUUCAGAGGGUGAUCUUGUUGGCCAGUCUUCAGGUACAUCUAAUUCGAUGGAUGUUGAAGGCAUUCCAAUUUAUCUGAGUGCAAUCAAGGAGUGGGUGAUUGAGUUUGGUGGAUCCAUGAUCAUCGUUUCUAUCCGAACAGAUGUAGCAUGGUACAGACUAGGUAAACCGACAAAGCAAUAUGCUCCGUGGUAUGAACCAGUCCUCAAAACUGCAAGGGUUGCAGUUAGCAUCAUUACCUUAUUGAAAGAACAGAGCAGAGUUUCAAGGCUUUCAUUUAGUGAUGUGAUUAAGAAGAUUUCAGAGUUUAGAAGGGACCAUCCUGCUUAUAUUUCUUCAAAUUUGCCAGUAGUAGAGAGAUAUGUUGUGGUACAUGGGCAAAUUAUUCUUCAACAGUUUGCCGAUUAUCCUGACCCCACAAUUCAGAAGUGCUCAUUUGUGGCUGGCCUUUCUGAAAAGAUGGAGCAGAAACAUCACACAAAACUUCUUUUGAAGAAAAAGAUGGUAGUGCAGAAGGAAGCCAACUUAAAUCCAAGUGCUUCAAUGUGUCCAAUAUCCAAAAAGAAACUGAUGCGGGCUACUACUACAAAGCUUGUCAAUAAAAUCUGGGCCGAUUACUAUUCAAAAUUCUUUCCUGACGAUUCUAAGGAUGAAGGCCAGGAAGUAAAAGAAGAAAUUGAAGAUGAGCAGGAAGAGAAUGAACAGGAGGAAGUUGAAGAAGAGAAUUUAUUAUUGCAAGAGAAUGAUUCUUCCAAGUCUUCCUCAUCCACAAGGUCUUCUAAACCUAAGACUUCUAAGAAGGAGACAAAAUGGGAAGGUGAAGCAACGGGUAGAACAGAUUUGGGAGAAAAUCUUUAUAGAUCUGCAAUAGUUCAUGGAGAACUGAUUUCUGUGGGCAUGGCAGUCAUGAUCGAAGCUCAUGAAUCCGAAGAAGUGCCAGCAAUAUACUUUGUUGAGUUCAUGUUCGAAAAACCAGAUGGUGUAAAAGUAGUCCAUGGAAGGUUUAUGCUGAGAGGGUCAGAGACUGUUUUAGGAAAUGCUGCGAAAGAAAGGGAGUUGUUCUUGACUAAUGACUGUAUGGAAUUUGAACUAGAGGAUGUUAAAGAAUCUGUAGCUCUUAAGAUAUGUAAGUUACCAUGGGGGCAUAAAUACAGAAAGGAGCAUGCUGAUGCUGAUAAUAUUGAUAGAGCAAAGGCGGAAGAGAUGAAAAAGAAAGGAUUGCCUACAGAAUAUUACUGCAAAAGUUUAUACUGGGCUGAGAAAGGUGCCUUCUUCAGUGCCCCUUUUGAUCAUUUGGGCCUUGGUACUGGGGUCUGUUACUCAUGCAAGGAGAAAGAGCUUCAAGAGGAUGAAGUCAAGCUAAGCUCUAAGACAAGCCUUAUGUACAAGAAGACUGAAUACAAUAUACAUGACUUUGUGUAUGCAAGGCCACAGUUUUUUGCUGAAGAUAGGGAGGAUGACCAAGGAACAUUUAAGGCUGGAAGGAAUGUGGGAUUGAAGGCUUAUGUUGUGUGCCAGAUAUUGGAAAUAUUGGCUCCUUCUGGAUCAAAACAACCCACACCAGCAUCCACAAAGGUCAAAGUUAGAAGAUUUUAUAGACCAGAAGAUAUUUCAGCAGCAAAGUCGUACUGUUCCGAUAUCAGAGAAGUGUACUAUAGCGAAGAUACACUAUAUCUGCCUGUUGAGAUAUUAGAAGGCAAGUGUGAAGUUCGAAAGAAAUUUGAACUUCCAGAUCUGGAGCUUCCUAUGAUUGUAGAUCAUAUUUUCUUUUGCGAAUAUUCUUAUGAUGCUGUCAAUGGAUCUGUUAAGCAGUUGCCUACUAAUGUCAAGCUUUGGUCUCAUAACGGAAAGGUGGCUAACACUUCCUCUAGAAGAAAUAAGGGGAAGGGAAAAUGUAUAGAAGGGGAAGAUCAUUAUAUGUGGAAUGAUAUACCUCAGGAAAGCCGCUUGGCUACUCUAGAUAUUUUCGCAGGUUGUGGUGGCCUAUCAGAGGGAUUACAACAGGCUGGCAUUUCAUUUACGAAGUGGGCAAUUGAAUAUGAACAGCCAGCUGGAGAAGCAUUCAGCCAAAAUCAUCCUGACGCGUCGAUGUUCAUUGAUAACUGCAAUGUGAUCCUCAGGGCCAUCAUGGAGAAGUGCGGGGAUGUAGAUGACUGCAUUUCAACUGCUGAGGCUGAUGAAUUAGCAGCAGGGCUCAACAAAGAGAAGGUAAAUAAUCUGCCAGUGCCAGGUCAAGUUGAUUUCAUCAAUGGAGGACCUCCUUGUCAGGGGUUCUCAGGGAUGAACAGAUUCAACCACAGUACUUGGAGUAAGGUCCAAUGUGAGAUGAUUUUAGCAUUUUUAUCUUUCGCUGAAUAUUUCCGCCCACGUUACUUCCUCCUAGAGAAUGUGAGGAAUUUUGUGUCCUUUAACAAAGGCCAAACAUUCCGUUUAACUCUUGCGUCACUUCUGGAAAUGGGUUACCAGGUGAGAUUUGGUAUUUUGGAAGCUGGAGCUUAUGGUGUCUCUCAAUCAAGGAAAAGGGCAUUCAUUUGGGCUGCAUCUCCAGAAGAGACACUCCCUGAGUGGCCAGAACCUAUGCAUGUAUUUGCUGGUUCUGAGCUAAAAAUUUCUCUCGGCAAAGGUGUUCACUAUGCUGCAGUUCGUAGCACUGCUGGAGGUGCUGCUUUCCGACCAAUUACUGUAAGGGACACCAUUGGAGAUCUUCCUCCUGUUGAAAAUGGAGCAUCAAAACCUACCAUUGACUAUGGAGGUGAGCCAGUGUCAUGGUUCCAAAAGAAAAUUCGAGGUAAUAUGUUGGCUUUGCAUGAUCACAUCUCGAAAGAAAUGAAUGAGUUGAAUCUUAUUCGGUGUCAGCGCAUACCAAAGCACCCAGGUUCUGACUGGCGCGACCUCCCUGAUGAAAAGGUGAAAUUAUCAUCUGGGCAAACGGUAGACUUGAUACCUUGGUGUUUGCCAAACACAGCCAAGAGGCAUAACCAAUGGAAGGGACUGUUUGGUAGGUUGGAUUGGGAAGGAAACUUUCCAACAUCCAUUACAGAUCCACAACCAAUGGGGAAGGUUGGCAUGUGCUUUCACCCUGAGCAAGACCGGAUUCUAACAGUACGUGAGUGUGCUCGAUCUCAGGGUUUCCGAGAUAGCUAUCAAUUUUCUGGCAACAUUCAAAAUCGGCACAGGCAAAUUGGGAAUGCAGUGCCGCCUCCGUUGGCCUAUGCGUUAGGCAGAAAACUCAAGGAAGCUGUUGAUGCAAAGCGUGCUUCAUCUUGAUUACUGACUUCACAUUUUUGGUAUUUUUAGUAUAGCUACGCAAGCCUUCGGUAUACAGGGAGCUUCUGAUUUAACUUUUUAACAACAAAGCUAUAUAUCUUCAUUGUAAAACAAAUUCAAUGAAGGAAAUCUUAAGAGGACCGGACGGUUCUAAUUUUGUUAAUUUGAAGUGAAAAUGUUUCAA